AUGGAUUCUUACAAUACACCAGCAUCAGCUAUCAGAAAAAACGCAUCCUCAAAGCUCAAAGACUGCUCAUUCGAGAAUACCUAUUUGCAGAAACGCUUAAACUCGGUCAGGAAGCAGAACCACUUUCUCACCACUCCACAGCUCAGGAGGCUCCCCCAGUGCUCACAGCUGCAGGAAAAUCUUGAUCCUCAGAAGGUUGCAUUUCUUCUUCAGAAGCAAUGGACUUUAUACAGUUUGACUCCCUUACAUAAAUUCUCCUAUAGCAGCCUGAAGGAGUAUUCUAGACUUCUGGGUGCAUUUAUUGCUGCGGAAAAGCAAAAAGGGAUUGCAGUGGAAGUUGGGGAAGACUUCAACUUCAAAGUGAUUUUCUCUGUUCUCCUGGGCAUGAAGGGCACCCCCAGGGACCCAGAAGCACUUCUCAUCCAGAUUCUGUCCAAAUCGCAGCUUCCAGCCAAGGGCCAAGAAGAGAAAGUGCUGUGGAGUGGUUGGUUCUGCUGUGCAUUUGGAGACAGCCUUCUGGAGACCGUUCCAGAAGAUUUUACCUGCUUGCCCCUGUUCCUCACCUGUGGAGCAGAGUCAAAUACAGCCCUCAUCAGAGCCUGGUUUCAGAAAACCUUCGACUGUUACUUUAGCCCCUUGAGUAUCAGUGCCUUCCACCUCUCCUGGCUGGCUGCCAUGUGGACUGCAUGCUCUGUGGACCCAAGCAGGAAUUCCAUUGAGUUUCUCUGGUCCGUGCCCUGCAGCCCUCAGUGCCUGGACAUCUCUUAUGCCAUACACCCUGAGGACGCCAAGGCCUUGUGGGACAGUAUCCACCAGACCCCUGAGGAGGUGACACAGGAAGAAGUGGACAUCUUCAUGGACUGCCUGACCUCCCACUUCUACAGACAUUUCCGAAUUCACUUAACAGCUACGAGACUGGUGCGUGUCUCCACUCCAAUAGCUGCCGCACACACUGAUGGGAAAAUAAAGAUUUUGUGUCAGAAAUACCUUCUCGGAGUGCUCACCUAUCUGACAGAACUGGCAAUUUUUCAAAUCGAAUGA